CUCUUUCAUGGUAACUGUCUGUGAGCUUACUGCUCCGUUGAAGCUAUACAAAUCGAAAUUCAAAUUGAGUCUUGGGUGAGGCAGUACUGUUGACAUACUAUUCUUGAAUAAAUUGAAGCGGGUCCUUUGCUUUUUCUCGGGCUCUGAUUCUAGCAUAUGUAAUGGAGUCUAGGAGGUACGGUUCCGGAGAUAAGGGUUUUGUGCCCAGUAAUACAUUUCCACCUCCUGAUACGCUUGCGAGAAGCAAAAAUCCCUUCCUGGGUUGGGAAUUGAAAACCCAACCUAGUUUUUCCAACGACAUUUUGGCCUCGGCUCAACAACAUUUAGAGGGUCAAGUUUGUGAGGAAGUGGGAUUUCCAGAAAUGUUGGGGAAACAGUUGUCUAAUGAUCCGCUUGGCUGUAUUAUGAAUGAGCCAAAUUCAUUUUCUGAAGGUGAAGACUCUGCUUCAAAGCUUUCAAACUCUGCGGUUGAAUCUUACAGCCGGGAUUCCCUCAUUGAUUUGAAGCUAGGACGAAUUGGUGAUCAAAGAGAUGCCAAUGAAUCGCCAUUUUCCAAAGGUAUUCCUCUUUUGUGUUCUUCAGAGUCAUCUCCGACCCCCAAGAGAGUGAGAACUUCAGGGGUUCCGUCACAAACUGCUUACUGCCAAGUAUAUGGUUGCAACAAGGAUCUAAGCGCCUCUAAAGACUACCACAAGAGGCACAAAGUUUGUGAGGUUCACUCCAAGACUGCUAAAGUCAUAGUAAAUGGCAUAGAGCAAAGGUUUUGCCAACAAUGUAGUAGGUUUCAUUUGCUGGCUGAAUUUGAUGAUGUUAAGCGCAGCUGUCGCAAACGCCUUGCAGGCCAUAAUGAGCGUCGGAGAAAGCCACAAAUGGGUACUCAUCCUGGAAAGGGCAGGAGGUUGCUUCAGUCAUAUAGUGAUAGCAGAUUCCAGGGCAGCAUGCUAACAAGAGCACCUUUUGUCUGCCAAGAUAUACUCCCUAGUAUUGUUUUGCAUUCUGACAAGUUUGGCACUGGUAGCUGGUGGAAACCUAUAAAGGUCCAAGGUGGGAAUGAUUUUAGGCAUAUCUCUGCUAUCACAAAUGGGCAUUCUCAAUCAAGAUCUUUGCUUCCUCCAUAUGCUGAAAAGCAAUAUCCGCUUCUGAAUGAAACCGGUGCUAUAUCCACUACAGGAAGCAUAUUCUGUGAGAACAACAAUGAGUAUCCACCUGCUCUUGGAGGUGCCUAUUCUGGGCCGCCAUCGUCAUACCAAGAUACUGUCUUAGGAAGUGAAGACUUUAAUGUUUUUGAUACAGCAUCAACCAUUCAGGGAUUAUCGGGACUUACAGACUCAGGUUGUGCUCUCUCUCUUCUGUCAUCUCAAUCCCAGAACUCAUUAAGCCAUGCAUCAGCAAUUCCCGUGGGUCGCCCCAUUGUUACUCCAAGCAGCCACGGCUACUACAGCCUGAGUCAUGCCUCUGAAAAGAUCAUGGGAAUAAGCUCUCAGGCAUCUGCAGGUGGGAUGUCAGCAUCAGGUAGUUUUCCAUCAGAGAUAAAUCAGCCUGAUGGAGGCCGUCUUGGCCCUGUGUUGAUAUUAGACAAUAAUGACAUUGUCAACUUAGAAAUCGCAGAUGGUAUUUUUCAAGGGUCAGAGGUUGUGAAUAUGAAAGCCCGUGAAGAUGGCCCCACUAUUGACUUGCUUCAAUUGUCAUCACAGCUUCACCGAGUUGAGCACCAACGGCAAUCCUUGCAGGUCAUUGACACAAGAAAAAAGGAAUUUCAGCAGGCGGCAGGAGCCUGUGACAGUUCUUCUGAAGAACAAAGAAUGUAAAUGGAAGCACUUAAGCAAUGGCGAAGGAAGAGAUUAAGAUGCUGCAAUUCUUAUGUCGGCUGCUAAAUAAUUGAGAACUUCAAAUAGCUUUAAGAUUCUAAGAAUGAUAAUGGUUAGUGAGGGCAUAAACAAAAGCCUGAUGUAUUUUAGUUCCUAGUCAGGGCAUCCGCAGUUCAUCUAGGUCCUUUGUUGAUUAGGAAUUGAAAUGUCGUAAAGAUUUUUUGAGACAUUCUAGAGGCAGCUAAGUGGAUAAUUUAACUCCAAGGUGAAUUUGUAUUUUAUUUUUAAUUGAAUAAAUUG